AUGACUUUUUUCACAAGGGGACUGCAAUCCUUGCUUCCACCUGGCCAUUUAAAGCUCCCCUCAGGUGUGUGCCUCAGAGGUCACAGUGCUCGUCAACAGGAGGGAUGGAUACUUGAUACGAGCAUAUUACUGGAUAUUACCACCUACAGAUUCAGCCACCUACUAGAGCAGCAUCUCUCCUGCCUGGGUGAGCCAAUGAUUUCUCCUGGGAGGCCGGGUGGAAAGGAAGGAACUUUGGUGUCUAGGUCAGAAACAGGGGUGGUGGAAGUUCAGCAGGUGCAGUUGGAAAUGAAGUCCUGGCACAGAGGUGAAAACAUGGGCCCGGUAUGUGGCAGCUUAGGAAACGGUUGCAUUUUAAUUUUUCGCUUUUACAAAUUUCAUUGAAUCCUUCACAGUAUAACAGUUUUUAUUUUAAAAAAUGUUGCAGACAAAACUUUAAAAUCUGAUGUAAACCAAUCAAAACAUUCCAAAGACCACAUGGGGAUGGGAAAUACGUAAGUGAACCAUGCGUCCUCGUUACAUACUUCGGGAAUAAUAUACCUAUAAAUGCCAAACAUAGGGCCCAGUAUGUCAGCAAAGCUAACAGCAACCUUCUUUAAGAUUUGGUGAGAGCCAGUGACAAGAUAUCUAAAUUAAGAAAAUCCAAACCAGUUUUUUAAAAAAUAUUUUCCCUCUCCUUUUAUAAAUUUAUAUGAAACAGAAAGAACAGUUAUAACAACAGAUGAAAAGCAAAAAGUGAAAAGCAAAACUAUAAAAUAGGCAUGUAAAAUGAGUCCAGUUCCACAUGGGUUAAAGUAACCAAGUAGAAAAUCAGAAUACAGAGGUAAAGUUCAGGACAACGUAGCUCUCCAAAAGGAAAAGUGAACAGAAGAUGGUCUAGGUUCUUCAGGUGAGGAAUUAAUGAAAGAAAUGAAGUGAUGGAAGUUAAGCAGAUACAGUUCCUGCAGGUAUUACUGUAUUACUUCCUGCUUCUCAAAGGGCACCAUCAGGGAUGUGCUAAGCUAGCUUGGUUAGAGGAAGGGGGAGCGUUAGAAGUCCAAUUAAUACCUGCAAGAUUUUUUUUCUGGUAAGGACAUCAAGGAUUCUGUUCCUCACUGGCCAUUUCUCUGUAUUGCCCUGCAGGUUCCAGCAGCAGCUGCAUUGAUCGCUGUAGAGUAGCAGUGCUUGCUUGGGGGUUUCAGUUUUUAAAACAACUGGUGUGAAGUGAUAGUCCUUAAGGCUAUGCAAUCUCAAUGUGUGAUGGGAAGCCUUGCACCUUCUCGUGAGUGUCACCAGCAGAAUAGGAAACACACACACGGAGAGAGGGAGAGAGAUUGAAUUUGGAUCAAACUCCAGGUAUUCAGAUCUACUUAUCUAACCCAUUCUUCUCCAUCAUGGCCCACUGCUGUGGUCCAGGUGCUCCAAAGGGCGCUAGAUUGGGGAAAGAAUAUCAGCUUGUUCUCCUAAGCCAAAGCGCUCGAACUGCAAGGCUACCAGGAAUGAUGGGCAGACCUGCAUCCAGGAACAGGCAAGGUGCCUCCACCCACCAUUGGCUGGGCAUCCCCAGCUCUGGGCUCCCGUCCUGCUCGUGGGCUUCCCACAGAGGGCACCGCCAGAACAAGAGGAUGGGCUCCCUUUGCGCUGAGCCUGAUUCAAGAGGGGCUACGGGCUAGAGAAACAACCCCAGACGGGGAAACUUGGCUCUGGCUGCUGCUCGAGCCGGCGGUGGCGGCUGGCUGGCAGUCCCUGCUUGUUUGCGUGCCCCGGGCAGGAGCGCCCCUGAGCAGGCGGCGCCAGCGCGGCUCCUCCGCCUUUACGCGCCUGGCAGCUGCUGGCACCGCGGAGGAGGGAGGCGGGAGCGGGGCUGCUGGCCAAUGGGAGCUGCCUCCGCGGCUGGCGAUUGGCUUCGGCGCGCCGCCGCUUGCCCAUAAAGAGCGCGCCCGCGGCGUCGGGCUGCAAACUCGCCGGAGUAGCGGCUGGAGCGCUUGGCUGGGCGCAGCAGCUCUGUGCGCGCGGCAUCCUGAAGCAGUUCUCGGGAAGCGGCCAACCCUGCAAGGUAGGCGCGAGGUUGUUUGUGCCAGCGGACUCUGCGGGCUUCCUCAGAAGCGAGGCUGGGGACUCCGAUCAUAGCUGUCAACGUUUCCCCUUUUUAAAGGGAAAUUCCCUUAUUCCGAAUAGGAUUCCUCCCAAGAAAAGGGAAAAAUUGACAGCUAUGACUCCGAUGGGGCUUGGCACCUAAGUGUGCUGGGGAUCGCAGCCUUGAAAAGGCGGCCAAGAUGAAAGUCUACGGACUGGCCAAAGACAGACUGGUCUUUGGAGUUCUGCAUGGGGGCUCUCCCUCCCCCUUUUUUCUCGUUCCUCCCUUGUUAAGUAAAGAAACCCGUUUUAGUAAAUGGAAUGUAUGUACUGAAUUCUAUCUAAAACUACCGGGAAUUCUUCUUCACAAGGGAAAGAGUUUGGUGGGGGCUGGGAAGGCUUGCUGGAGCCCGAUCCUGUGUUUGUUGGCUCUGACGUAAAGCGCACUAGAUUCUGUAAAGGUUACUCGCAAGAAAGCAUGCCUGGAUUUUUGCAGCUGUGGUGUGCAAACAGGCUUUAGCUAUACAAAAGUAGCAUUCAGCUACGUCCUACUUGGAGUAGACCCACUGGAAGGAACAAACACGGAUGCUAAUUUCAGUGGGUAUACUCUUGAGUAAAAAGAAGCUGAAUACCACCCAUCAUUGCUGCCUACGUUUAAGAGGGCUGUAAGGUUUGAAUGGUAGUUGGCUCGGCAGGUCCGACUCCCUUGCUGGGUUCUUGCGAACAACCCAGAGAUAUUAACGCCUUUGUAUUCCCCUCUCCCCUUUUUGGCAGGUUCUUCUGAUCUCCUUCAGCUCUUCUUUGGACUCCCGAGAAGUCAGCCGGACUCAAUGUGGUUCUUGGAGAAAGUGGGGGCGUCCCCUGGAGAAGGCAGCCCCCUGGGCCCGUCCUUCCUGGGCUUGCCCCCCAGCCACUCUGUCCCUAACGCAGCCAAGCCGGGGGCCCCUGCUGCAGCUUUUGCCAACAUACUGACCCCGGACAGGAUCCCGGAGUUCUGCAUCCCUCCCAGGCUGGCCAAUCCUCCUCCGGCGAAGAGUCCCAGCGCAACUUUCCAGCCCCACCGCUGCCUCACGGAGCCCGGCUUGCAGCAGGCGGCCACCUCGGCCGGGGUGGGGACCGACCGCACUCCCUGCCCGUUCCUGCUGCCCCACCUCAUCCAGGUGGAGAGCGUGGAGGAGAUCCCGGACCUGGAGGAGGAGGAGGAAGGCGGCACGAACUCGGACCCCCAGUCGCAGGCUGCCCUGUCCCUGCCCCACUUCCCCAAAGCGCAGACGUCCUACGGCUUCUGCACGCUGCUGGAGAGCCCGCACACGCGCAGGAAGGAGUCCAUCUUCCACAGCGACUCCUCGCUCAGCCUGGCGCGGCCCCGAGCCAGCAGCUACGCGGGCCGAGAGCUCUCCUCCGGCCGCCCGCUGGCCUGCCCGCCCCAGCUGCUCCGCCGGCCCUGCGACAGCGACACGGCUUCCUCCAGCGAGUCCUCGCCCUUCGGCUCCCCGCUCCUGGGCCGCUCCCCUCCGCUGCGCGGGCCCGGCUUGCUCUCCAAAGCGCGGAGCCAGGAGGGGCUGCUGGGCAGGGCCUGGCGGUCGCGGGGCAAGCUGUCCAGCGCGGGGAGAGCCAACUCCCUGUCCACGGAGGACAGCAGCUCCACGGACAGCAGCCCCAGCGCCGUGCGCCGCUCCUCGGACAGCCUCUGCGAGCCGCUAAGCUGCCGCGCCUGCAGCCUGUCCUCGCUGCCCAUCAUCUUCCCGCUGGACGCGCCCUGCGGCGGCGGCGGGCGGGAGAGGCUGGGCCGGGAGAGCACGGUGGGCCUGGACCGGGGCGGGCUGCUGCGGCUGUCCUGCGAGUACUGCCCCGAGAACCGGCGCCUGCGGGUCCGCCUGAUCAGCGUGGAAGGACUGUACGAGCCCGCGGCGGAGCCCAAGAGCAUCAACUGCUGCAUCACCUUCUCGCUGGUGCCCGGCAAGAUCCAGAAGCAGCGCAGCACGGUCAUCAAGAGGAGCCGCGACCCCAUCUUCAACGAGGACUUCUUCUUCGUGGGCAUCGCCGAGGACGACCUGGGCAGCCUCGCCGUCAGGAUGAAGGCUGUGAAUAAGGGGAGCAGCUUGAAAAGGGACCUCCUUUUGGGGGAGAGCGAGGUUCCCUUGAUGAAGCUUUUAGCGGGUUAAAAAAGAGAGAAACAACUCUCUUGCAACCUGAGAUACUUUAUUUAUUUUUUUCAUACUCGUGGGUUUUUUUGUUUGUUUUAAAAUAAAUAUAAUUUUUACUGAAA